AUGGCUCUGUAUAGAACCAAUGGUGAAUUGUUGAUCGAGAGAAGAAGCAUCAUUGAUGAAGUUUUCAAUUCUUUUGGAAAGAGCGAUCAUGGCUCUAGAGUUUUACGUCGUGGGCGAAGGUUUGGUCGGAUUACCAAGCAUAAGCUUGCGCGCUGGAUUUUCUUUCUCACUGCACUCAUUUCGAUACUUUUAACAGUCUAUGGUUUGAAAAUGUUUCUUCAAGCUAAAAUGGAAUCCAAGUUCUCAAUAAUACCUCUGAAUCUGCAAGAAGAACGUAACCCACUAGAUAAAAUUGUUCUAUCUGAUGAUGGAAAGACGUCUAAAGAAAAUAUUGUGGCAUCUGCUGUUGUAAAUAUGCCUAAACCCAAGCGGCAAAAGCAUUUUCCUUGUGAAGUUGGAUUUCUGGAAUCAGUAGAAGGCCUUGUUGAACCCAAAAGUUAUAUGAACUCCACAUGGUUUUCACUAGAGUAUGUUGACCAUGAAGAAAGAACAUCCAAAAAUGAUUUAUCUGAACCCCGAUUUGGAGGACACCAGACACUAGAGGAACGAGAAAAUUCAUUUUAUGCAAAAAACCAGACACUUCGUUGUGGUUUUGUCAAAGGGCCUCCAGGACAUCCGAGCACUGGAUUUGAUAUAAAUGUAAAAGAUAAGGCAUAUAUGUACAAAUGUAAGGUUGCAGUUUCUUCUUGCAUUUUUGGAAGUUCUGAUUUCCUCAGAAGGCCUACAAGUAGACUGAUCAGUCAAUAUUCAAAGGACAAUGUUUGUUUUGUUAUGUUCUUGGAUGAUCAAACACUAUCCAAACUUUCAUCAGAAGGAAACAGUCCUGAUGAGAGAGGGUACAUUGGCUUGUGGAAAAUAGUUGUUGUCAAAAACUUGCCAUAUGAAGACAUGCGGAGAACUGGCAAGGUGCCGAAAUUUUUAUCACAUCGCCUCUUCCCAAAUUCUAGGUAUUCAAUUUGGCUUGACAGCAAGACGCGACUCAACUCUGACCCUAUGCUGAUUAUUGAAUAUUUUUUGUGGCGAAGGAAGGCAGAAUAUGCCAUCUCAAAUCACUAUGAUCGUCAUAAUGUUUGGGAGGAGGUACUCCAAAAUAAGCGCUUAAAUAAAUACAACCAUACGGCAAUUGAUGAACAGUUUAAUUUUUACCUGUCUGAUGGUCUUCCCAAGGAUGACCCAUCAAAGUCAAACGAUCCUCUUCCGAGUUAUGUUCCGGAAGGUUCCUUCAUAAUAAGGGCACAUACACCAAUGUCAAAUUUAUUUUCAUGUCUUUGGUUCAAUGAAGUUGAUCGAUUUACAUCUCGUGAUCAACUAAGUUUUGCCUAUACUUAUUUGAAACUCAGGAGAAUGAAUCCAGAGAGACCAUUUCAGCUAUAUAUGUUCAAGGAUUGUGAACGCAGGGCAUUAGUGAAGCUAUUCCGGCACAGGGAUGCACACUACACUAAGGGCACAGCCACAGCUAAAGAGUCAUUGCUGGUGCAUUUUGUGGCCAAGGAUUUUACUCCAUUAUGGGGUUCAUAG